AUGACUACGCACUCGCGACACGUCGACGAUGAGCAGAUCACCUCGUUCAUCAAGCAUGGUAAGCAUUUGCGCAAGAUCCUGCUUCCUGUCUUUGAAGACCUGCAGUUCCGCGUGACCUUUCGUCUUUUGCCAUUGCGCGCUCGAUCUUGGUUUCUUGUCGCUUCGAACCCGCGUAUUCAGUAUUGUGUGCGCGAUGGAUGCAAUGCGAUCGAGUCAGAGCAACAUUUGUUUUUUGACUGCACUCUUGCAUCACGUCUGUGGGGUCACUUGAAUCAAGUGAUGUCCCCCUUCUUUCGUACGAGGCCGACAUGGUUGGACAUUGUUUUGGCGAAAAAAAUGCGCGUGCGCGCUAAGUGGAAAAUUCAUGUGGGCGCCAUUCACGAUAUCUGGGAUGCUCUUCGUACGGCAGCUCUUCACUUUAUCUGGAAAGACCGCAAUCGAUGCUUGUUUGAUGGACGGUUGCCUACGCCGGAGCUCCCUGCAUUGUCAGCCAUCUUCACGACUUUGGAGGCGCACAUCCGGUUUUUUUCUCGACAUAUUUACGAGCGAGACCAGUUGUCGGCCUUGUUCAUGAUCGUGCGCGUGAUGAAAACUUACUCUUUAUCCGGACUCUUUACGCAUAUGGACACUGAAUUUACGGCCGACUUCCACGGUUGCAAGUGGCUCGAGCGGGAAGGUAUGGCGGUACCAUCCCAGAGGUCACUGGUUCGAUCCCCGGCAGGGACGGAAGUUAAGCCUUAG